UUUUUAUAAAAAAACAUUCAGUAAUCAAAAGAAAGAAUCCAAACUGAGAUAUCUACCAUUACUUUUUAUAUCUUUCCAUGUGUUCUCUAUCUCCCCUACCUCAUCACUAAUUUCCCAACACAUCCAUCCAGUGUCAUCAAACCAAUGAAGUGUUGCCGAAGUGUACCAAGAUAUUUCCAAGCCUCCUCCUCUUCCCUUACGGGGGGGAGAAGAUAAAUCCCCCAUCCUUGGCUAAUUGAGGCACCACCAAAUCUCGGCACGCCGGCGACGGCAGACUUGAACAAGAAGAAUUCAGAGAAUCCAUGCGUCAGCUCGUCGAGGCGCCACCGCCGGCAAAUGGGGCCAAGCCGCACGGCAGCGGGUAUGACGCCGGCGGGGAUGCCAACUUCGACACCAACAUGGUCAUCAUCCUGGCUGCGCUGCUCUGCGCUUUAAUAUGCGCGCUCGGUCUCAACUCUAUCGUGCGGUGCGCUCUCCGGUGCGGCCGCCGGCUCGACUUCGAGACCCCGGAGGAGGCUGCCGCCAGGCUCGCCGCCACCGGGCUCAAGAAGCGGGCCCUGCGACGCAUCCCGGUGGCGGUCUACGGGCCGGAGGCCAACAUACCUGCCACCGACUGCCCGAUAUGCCUCGGGGAGUUCGCCGACGGGGAGAAGGUCCGGGUCCUGCCCAAGUGUCACCAUGGGUUCCAUGUCCGGUGCAUCGACACGUGGCUUGCUUCGCACUCGUCGUGCCCGACCUGCCGGCACUCGCUGCUCGACAAGGCUGACGGCGACGGGGCCGACGCUGGAAAUAGGUCGGCGAGGCAGGAUGACGGCGCGGCGGUGGUGGUGGUGGUGAAUGAGGUGAGCUGACCCCGGCCAAUUGGAGGUCUUUGUUACCUCUCCAAAAGCUUCCUAGAUUUGUUCGUGUAUAUUGGAGAGCUUUGUGUUAUCUUUCUUUGCUUUUAUUUUGUUCUGACUGUAAAAUUUUAGGCUGAGGAAUAGAGGAAUCAUGAAAGUGGAGAUAGUAGGAGAAAAAUUGGAAAAAUCAGAUAUUCUUUUUCCUUGUUGA